AUGUCUCCUGAUGCACAAUCGUCAAAUCAACCGUCAAAAAAAGAUGUAUCAAUUGGUGCAUACCUGCUCGGUCGAUUGAAACAACUUGGUGUGAAGCAUGUCUUUGGCCAACCCGGGGAUUUUAACAUGGGGUUCCUCGACCUUAUCGAAGACGAUGAAGGAAUCGAGUGGAUUGGUUGUUGUAACGAAAUGAACGCUGGAUAUGCAGCUGACGGGGUGAAUAGGGUGGGUGUUCUCGUGACGACAUUUGGGGUAGGUGAACUCUCGGCCAUGAACGCUGUCGCGGGUGCAUUUUCCGAGAUGGUCCCGGUUGUGCACAUAGUCGGCACGCCGUCCACCGAAUCUCAAUCUCAAGGGGCACUAUUGCACCAUACACUCGGCAAUGGCGAUUUUAAAAUUUAUCACAAGAUGUACGAAAAUAUCACUGUCGCUCAAACGGUGCUUUCCCAUCAUAAUGCCAAGGACGAAAUUGAUCGAGUGUUGAGGGAGUGUUAUAUUCAUUCCCGACCGGUUUACAUUUCGAUCCCUACCGAUAUUUGUGUUAAAAAGAUUGCCGCCGACCUUUCGCAACCCCUGGUCUUAACCAUCCCCGAGAACGUGCACGAAGUUGAAUACGCAGCCAUUAAUAGGGUCAUUGGUCGUAUUCAUAAAUCGGCUAACACCAUUGUUCUCAUCGAUGCGUGUGCAUCGCGACACGAUAUAUCAAAGGAGUUGUUGGAUUUCAUUAAUAAAACUGGAUUUCCAUUCUUCACCUCACCAAUGGGUAAAAGUAUUAUUCCCGAGAAUCAUCCUCUCUUUGGUGGAAUCUACAUUGGAUCAGUAAGCGAACCGCACGUAAAGAGAGAAGUUGAAGAAGCUGAUUUGAUUAUUUCUAUUGGAGCUAUUAGGUCCGAUUUCAACACGGGUGGGUUUACAUAUCAUGUCUCGCAGGCAAAGACCAUUGAACUCUGCUACAAUCGCAUAAAGGUUUUCUUUGCGACCUACGAAGGUGUAUCAAUGAAGCAUGCCUUACCCAAGAUCACGGCGUGUAUCGAGCGCAUGCCAUCCUCGACAAUUUCUCCACCAUACCAGCACAAUCUACUCGAGGACGAUGUUAAAGAUCAACGUAUCACCCAAAAUUGGUUUUGGCACGAGGUCUCUUCAACACUAUUACAAGAAAACGAUAUUAUUAUCGGUGAGAUGGGCACCUCGGUAUUUGGAUUGAUGGACAUACGAUUCCCGCCAGGUUCCACCUUUAUCGGACAAAUUUUGUAUGGAAGCAUUGGAUAUAGUGUCGGUGCAUGCUUGGGCGCCUCGCUAGCCGCGACAAAUGUCAAAGAGCGACGAAGAGUAUGCUUGUUUGUUGGGGAUGGAUCUUUUCAAGUGACCGCUCAGGAAAUAUCCACCAUAAUCCGUCACAACCUUAACCCCGUAAUUUUUCUUAUCAACAAUAACGGGUUUACCAUUGAACGUAUGCUUCACGGAAUAAAGCGUAAAUAUAAUGACAUAGCACAAUGGAAAUUCGACCAAACUUUGGAAUACUUUGGUGGAUCAAAUGAAGUGGGUCGCACCGUAAAGCUCGCCACCAAAUCCGAUUUCAAAUCUUUUGUUUCUUCGAUACUCCCCGCAACACCGUCGCGAAUUCAAUUUGUCGAAGUGAUGAUGGACAAGUAUGACGCUCCCAGAGCAUUGAUCGGCACCGCCAGUUUUACGGCCGAGGAGCAUAUGAAAGAAAAGGUGCUGCCAAUGUUACAUGAGAAGUUGCACAAAAAAGAAGUUUCCGGGGAGCAAUAG